CCAUCCAUCCCUCAGUCCAGCCAGCGCAACAAACCUCCCCCGGCCCUCCGCCCGCCGAUCACCCGCUCGCCAGCCAGUCCAGUCCAAGUCCCGCGCAGCCGGGCCUCGUCCCGAUCAGGCAUGUCCUCGGCCGCCCUUGGCCGCGAUCCUUCAGCGACUACUUAAGCACGAUGCCAUCCCGCCCCCCGUCUCCCACUCUCACGAUGCUCGCCCUCACGCGUCGUCGCUGCUGCUCCUCUCGUGCCUGCCUCCUCGACUCGCCGCCGCUGCCGCCAUGAAGUCCUUCUGCGCUGCCACGGCCGCCGUGCUGCUCUCGGCCGGCUCUGCCCUCGCCCAGUCCAUUGCCGAGAUCAACGGCGACCGCUUCCUGGGCACCUACACUGGCCAGGUCGUCAACAUCACCGGCCUCAUCACCGCCACCUCCUCCGCCGGCUUCUACCUCCGCUCCCAGCAGCCUGACAAGGACGCCCGCACCUCCGAGUCCAUCUACGUCUUUGGCUCCAACCUCGCUGGCGGUCCUUUUGCUGCUGGCGAUGUCGUCUCCCUGAGCGGCACCGUCGCCGAGUACAAGUCGAGCAAGGACUACCUCGCCCUGGCCGAGAUCACCAAGCCCCGCGACAUCAAGAUUGCCUCGCGCGGCAACCCUGUCCAGGCCCUCCAGAUCGGCAAGGACGUGCCCCCGCCGCCCACGCAGGCCUUCAAUGCCCUCGACCAGGGCGGCAUCCUCGGCGUCCCCAACAAUGUCUCGCUCGUCUCGACCUCGAACCUCGAGCUCCAGCCCACAAAGUUCGGCAUGGACUACUGGGAGUCCCUCCUUGGCGAGCUCGUCACCAUCAAGAACCCCCGCACCAUCGCCAAGCCCAACCAGUACGGCGACACCUGGGUCGUUGGCGAAUGGCCCGUCACGGGGCUCAACAAGCGCACCGGCCUCACCAUGACCGAUGGCGACUCCAACCCGGAGGCCGUCCUCAUCGGCAGCCCGCUCGACGGCACCAAGAACAGCCCCGACGGCAAGCUUGGAAACAAGCUCGACGACAUUACCGGCGUCGUCUCCCAGGCUUUUGGCUUCUACCGCAUCCUGCCCACCACGGCCCUCAAGGUCGUCGAGGAGCCGUCUCCCGUGCUGCCCGCGCCCGAGAAGUUCCUGCUCAAGGGCAGCUGCUUCGGCAUGACCAUUGGCAGCUACAACAUUGAGAACUUCUGGCCCGGCUCCGACAACAUCCAGGGCCGUGCCGAGCACAUUGCUCGCUACCUGGACGCUCCCGACUUGGUCUUCCUCCAGGAGGUCCAGGACGGCUCAGGCCCGACCAGCGACGGCACCGUCAGCGGCCAGGCCAGUCUCGACGCCCUCAUCGCCGCCAUUGCCGAGAUCACCGGCUGGAGCUACAAGUCGGUCGAGAUCGCCCCCGAGGACGGCAAGGACGGCGGCCAGCCCGGUGGCAACAUCCGUGUCGCCUACCUGUACAACCCCAAGGUGAUCGAGCUCAAGAACUACGCCGGCCCCGGCAGCGCCACCGACGCCGGCAAGGUCAUCCGCAGCGGCCUGCUGGGCCUGCCCAAGCUCAACUUCAACCCAGUGCGCAUCGACCCGGCCAACGCGGCGUGGAACGCCUCGCGCAAGCCCCUCGUCGCCCACUGGCGCUUCGUCUCGCCGCUCUGCGCGCUCGGCGAGAUCUUCACCGUCAACGUGCACUGGGCGUCCAAGGGCGGCUCGUCGAGCAUCCACGGCGACGCCCGCCCUCCGGUCAAUGGCGGCGUGGACCAGCGCGCCGCCCAGGCCGAGGUCACGGGCUCCUUUAUCGCGCAGAUCCUCAAGGCCAACCCGCUCGCCAGCAUCGUCGCGGCCGGCGACUUCAACGAGUUCGCGUUCGCCGAGCCCCUCCAGAAGUUCACCCAGAUCUCCGGGCUCAAGGACCUCGACGAGGCCGCCAAGAUCCCCGCCACCGAGCGCUACACGUACCUCUUUGACAACAACUGCCAGCAGCUCGACCACAUGUACGUCAGCCCCAAGCUCGCGCUCGCCGCGCCCGCCUUUAAGCACGUCCACGUCAACUCGUGGCUGAGCUACGACGACGCCGUGAGCGACCAUGACCCUAGCGUCGCGCGGCUGAGCCUGUUGUAAAAGACAAAUGGAUGUGUGUGGAAUGCAAGGAGGAAGGGGUUUUAGUCUGGUGAUAUUGAUAGACACUAGACAUGAUGAUGUCAUAUGAUUCAGCAAAAUAUUCAUGAUUUCACGAUUAA